GCCACCACCAGCAGCGGCACAUAAAUAGAGGGGCCCGGGCGAGCUGCGGGGCGAAGAACGGAGACGCCGCUCAGGGUCCAUCACCGCACCCCAGCACCAUCCCUCCAUCCCACCAUCUACCCUGCAGCAUGGCUCCCACCGGCCCCCUCCGCCUCUGGCUGGCCUGCCUCCUGCUCUGUGGUGCCACCCCGAAACCCACCUGCAGCCCCAGCGCCUGCCCCCCGUGCCCUGAGAGGGAGGUGGAGGGGCCGACCACCCCCACGGCGGGGGGCUGCUGCCCCCCCUGCCCUCCGCCCUGCCCUUGCCCCCCUUACCUGGAGAGCGACUGCGAGAUGCAAGGCUUCUCCAGCGGCCACGUCCCCGCCGGCCGCUCCUUCUACAUCGACUUUGCCCGCAAGCUGUGCACCUGCCAGCCCAGUGGGGACAUCACCUGCGCCCCGCUCUGCCCCCCACUGCCCCACACCUGCCUGGCUGUGGGCAGCCCCGUGGCCGACGGUUGCCCACGCUGCGUCUGCUACGACGAGGAGGAGAUGGCGGUCCCCGCCGGCACCACCGUCAGCCGGGGGACCCGAAUUUGCACCUGCCCUCCCCAGGGGGGACAGCUGCAGUGCAGCGGGGGCCAGGGCAAGGAGUGAACCUCUCCUCUCAGCCCUCCUUAGGGCAGGAGGAUGGGGGAGACCCCCCCGCCCCGGCAGCAGAAGGGCUUUCUGCACCUGGGAGCAUCCUCGCUGAAAAAGUGUCCAAUGCUUCAAACUGUCCUAGAGGAGACGGGCGACGAGCGCGGCACGGAGCCACGUGAGGGCAAAGCGUCCGUAGCUGGGGAGCUUGCUUCGGUGUAAAGUUUGUUCCAUGGCAGUGGGCUAGGAGAGCUUAAAUUGCUGAUAUAGCAUGUAACCGGAACAAACACAGUUAUUUAUUUAUUUGUAAGAUGUGCUUUCGUAUGUGUUUCUGUCUAUGUAGCGCGUAGAUAGCCCAGCCUUAAGUCAACUCGCUGGGCAAACUUCCUCCCUUGGAUCCAGGUUUUUGCUUCCUGUAAUUCCAUCAAAUUCAAAAUGGUUGGAGCAAAAUCAAGAAGAUUGACUGAUGUCCCCCUCUCCAGGCUUUUCUUAAAGUUGGGAGCGGGUUAGCAUAUGUCUACGUUCUUAGGAGAAGGCAAAUGCCUCUCACGUGUCCAUCCUCUGAAGCAAAGCCCAAAGGAUGCUGGCAAUCAAGGGUCAGUCCUUCACAGCUGCCUUGAUGAAGCAGUUACCCAGGGCUGACCCCAUUGACAGUCCCUGCUGUGUCCUGGUUCAGCAGAAAUACCUCCAUUUGCAUGCCAGUGAGUGUGCCCUCCUCUGUCUUGCUCUCCCCUUGCUGCUGCUGGAGGCAUAGCAUAUGGCAGAACUGCAUCUUCUGAAUGCUUUGACGUAUAUAAAUACACACACACACACAUGUAUAUGUACAGGGAGACUAUUAAAAAGCAUAGCUUCAUCAGCCCGAGAAGUUACUAAGUGUUAAUUGUGUUCUUUCAAGGCAUUGAAUAAAAUCAAUUUUACCAAUAAA